GUCCUUCCUGAAGAGCCAUCAAUAUCCGACCCAUGGUCCUUGAGAAACAUCCUGACCAUAGAGCCAGUUAAAGGUCUCCUUGCUCCCUACGAAUAUAUGACCAUAAUGGUAGGGCUGUGUUUGCCCUCGGAUGUCAAAUUUGAAGCUACGGCCGUAUGUAAUAUUGAACAUGGCGAGGAAGAGCAGGUUAUUGUCAAGGCGACUUCGUCCAAGAUCAUGUAUACAAUGGAUAAGAGGAAUAUCGAGUUUGGAAGAAAGCUAUGCUGUGAAAUAUGCGAAGAAACUAUCACCUUAGCCAAUCCCGGUUACGGUAGCUUCAAGUACCACAUAAAAUGCGACGAUGACUACACGCCGGACACAGUACCGAAUGCUGGUUGGUUGUGCGUGUCACCGAGAGGUGGUGAAUUGGGUACCGAUGAAGAGGUUGUGUUGCAUAUCAGGUACUUCCCUGGAUUCACAGGAGAAUUUAAGGAAUCCUUUAAAAUGGAGAUCGGCUACCUCGAACCGUUCGAAGUCUUCCUGCACGGUUACAGCGCCCCGGCUCAAAUCAUGAUGAGCCUUCUGAGACCGGCCAUCUUCGAUAUACCACCUGUAGCGCAAUACCUGGCCAUUGCGGGCUUGACUCAUGACUAUUUGAGAUCGCAGACUGUCAAAACUACCAAUCUGCCUCGGCAUUCUCCACUCUAUGCACACCAUGAGGCUGACGGAAUAAACACGGCGAUUUUUCAGCAAAUGGCGAAAGAGUGGGUGAUCGUCACGGAGAGUGAUGUUUACCCGUCAGAAGCCGAUAUCGAGCUAGUAAUAGAACGAGACCUGCUCAACCAGAGGUUAUCAAAUACUAUAGAUAUUUUGCACGAGCAUGUGGUCACCAGGAAGAUUCAUGGCAUUCCUCGGUUUGUGCCCCCCUCAUAUAUUCUUGAUUUUGGAUAUGUCAUACUUGGUAAACCUGUCUGUUACACGGUUUUGAUCGUGAACUAUGGCCCAACUGACACUUUUGUGGGCGUGCGCCUAGGAAAGAAAGCAAGUUCAAUAAACAUUGAGUUUAGAGGGAGGAAGCUCGCUGUCGGAGAAGUGACUCAGUUGUUCGUAGUUUUCAAUCCAACAGCUGAUGAGUUUGGGUUGGAAGAUAGCAUCAUGGAAAACAAUUUUGCACUUACGCUGAGACAUGGCGGACUAAUACCAGUUACAAUAAGAGCAAGUGUGUCUCUACCUCGAAUUGAUUUAGGAUGCGAGUGUUUUGAAUUUGGAUCUGUCAAAGUGGGUAGCGCAUUUAGAAGAUCAAUGUACAUCAAAAACAGUGGGUGCUUUGAAGUAAAAUGGUCGAUCAAAGUAACAGCUUCUAACGCGGCAUCUGCAAAUGCUUUUAAGGUCAUCCCCACUAAGGACGACCUACUGCCUGGAAAAAAACAAAUAUUGACCAUCAUUUUCAUGCCGGAAAUGCAGGGAUCAUUGAAAGCUGUCAUCGUAGUAGACAUCGAAGGCAACAAGGAACCCGUGCGCUUGAGACUGAUCGGAGAAGGAAUCAUACCUGAGCUAAGCAUCAGCAGAAAUGUAUUGGAAUUUCCCCCUGUAUUACCAUUUGGCAGUGCUGGAACAGAUUCAUUUAUCGUCAAGAACGCCUCACCGUUUCCUGUGGAGUACUGGUUCCCAAAUUACGAUGAAGAAUACAGUGAAGAGCAAUUCCUGAUCCACACCUAUCUCGUCUACCAUAACAUUUCAACACUUCUAAUACCGGAACGUCGACCUGGCGAAAAGCUCCCGGAAAUAUUUAAUAUGACGUUCUCGCAGAUCAAGGACGCGAUCAGACAGAAACUGUUGGAGGCAUCUAACGAAGAAACCCUUCAAGAUCCGCUGGCAAUAUGCGAUAAAGAACAACUCGUCGCCAUGGUUUCUGAUUAUUUGGAUGGUUUGGAAGAUCAUCUCGAAACCGGUGAUACAGACGGUUGGACCACAGUGUGUGACGAGGAAACUAAAUUAUCAAUCAUGGAACCAGUGAAAGUUGAUGAAGAUGCGAAUACCAGGAAUGCAUUUUUUGUGAUAGUACAUGGCGGACCAUCAACAGAAUAUCACAAAGUGGCUUGCACUAUAAGCAAGAAGCUGCGUUUUCCAAUGUACAGCGUAAACUAUAUGAUACUCGAAGAGCUUGUUAAUAACACUUCUCAUACAGCUAAAGAGAUUAAUGCAUGUAUAAACAAACGAAUCGGAAUUGUUCAUGAUCAGCAAAAUUACGAAGAAGAUUUUGGAUUUCCCUUUGAAGACGAGUACGACAUACUGCUGAGGAAAAUAGGAAUGGCACAGACUGGCAAACAAAUACCUAAACAAGAAGCGCCUGCUGAUAAGAAAGGAAAAAAGGGAUCGGAAAAGAGUUCUGGAAAAAGCUCUGAGUUGAAAAGCGGGAAACAAAAAAAGAAAGAUGCUGACGGGCCUACGUUGAUUAAUAUUCCUAUGGAGUUGUUUGUGUCUUUGCUCAAGGAUAAGUUUAGCAGAUUUGAUGAGAUGGUUAUAGCAGGUCUAGAAAAUAUGUUCAUUAAAGGAUGCAGCGAUACAUUUUACUGCUUACUGCAAGCUAUAGGCGAUGUUGGAUUCAUCCAGCUUGUUUUAAUGAACUACAUUCUCAAAGAUUACGUAGCUCGCAGAGAUGCCGAACUUCGAGCAAUUGAUGAAGUAAAGAAGAAGCAACUGGCAGAAGCAGAGCAAACAGUCUCUGACCCGUUAAAAAAAGCAACCACUAGAACUCUUGAUACAGCUGUUUCUGAAUCGAAAAGUACGAAAGACGGAAAAAGCAGUGUGAAGAGUAGUGAGAAAAGCAGCAAAUCUAAAAAGAAAGAGAAAGCAGUAAACUAUACAAAACAGAUAAUGAAGGAGUUACCAAAAAGUUUCAAAGUACAGUUAGAUGUGUACGAGGAUUUAAUGGCCGAACUUAUUCACGUCUGCGAAUUUUGGGACAAAACACGAAGCUUUUUAACAGUGCCAUAUGUAACGAACAAGAAAAAAGCAAAGGAUAGCUCACCCAAGGACUCUACUAAAGAUUCGAAACCAUCUUCUAGGAGGACAAAACAAAUUAGUUCCGAAAAAUUGUCAACUAGCAACAAAGGUGUGGGUUGUUUGUUGUGGAUAAUUGACGACAGUGCUCCGAAGAAAUCCAUCGAUUUUCCAGAAGUUGUAGCAGAAGUCCUUGCGAAAGACGCGUAUAUGGAAAAAUACAGAGCCGAAAAAGAAAGAUUGUCAGAAUGUCUAUUUAGCCUUCCAUCAGAUGAUCUGUUUUCAGUCAUACAGGAACGCAGUAAACAUCAUAAGCAUAAAGCAGAUGCAUUUUAUAUAUGCAAUUACGUUAUGGAUGAAACGAACGCCUCUAGUCGAUCACGCAGUUCACAAUUGUCAGGUACCUUCGAUCGUGAAAAGAAACGACGUAAAAGGAACAAGAGAAAAUCUUUUGAUAGAAAGAGUUCAGCUGUAUCGGCUGCCUCCUCGAGAUUAUCAGUGGUUGAAGCCUUAGAAACAAUGCCUCUUGUGCCAAGACAAAUAUUAUUACCUGGUGAGUGCAAGAGGUACGAUGUAAGCUUUUGUCCUCCGUCGUGUGGUAUGUACAGAUAUGAGUAUCUGUUAAAUGUAGUUGGAACAAACAUAACGCACAGUGUAACAUGCGAGGCAAGCAGCGAAUUGCCUCAACUGGAUUUUAAUCCAGAGAAAGUGUUUCCAUCUGUAAUGUCAAGUAGUGCAGCAAAAGAACUAAGCGAUCGACAAGUUUACACUAUAGAUGACAACGUAUUUGAUUUUGGAUAUGUGUUAGAUGGCAGUAGUAAAAAAGACAUCACGUACGGAGUCAAGCUGAACCUGGUGAAUGAGUCUUCAAUGCCUUGUGACAUUUCUGUGGAAGUUCCCGGCGAAACUCUAUUCUAUUGCGAACCAAACAAUCUCAGCAUACCCGCAAAUAAUAAAGGUUAUGUGAACUUAUUCCUGCAACCAGCAUCAAAAAAGAAGGACGUUAUCGUGUCACAAUUAUACAUUUUGACCAAGAAUAAUCCGAAAGUAGAAGUGAUAAGCUUAAGGGCUUUACCCACCCCCGCGGAUUUCAAUGUGAGCCCAAAGAUACUGAACUUCGAAAAGGUUCCAGUGGGUAGUACAUGUAAAAAGAAAAUAACGCUUACGAAUUCCACACCGAUAGACUUUCACUACAAGCUUUGUACCAUGAAACAAAUCACAGAAAAGUUUCACGUGAAGAAAAAGGAAGGAUCGAUACAACCGUAUUCUGUUGGUCAUAUUACAAUAUCGCUUACGCCACAAGAAGAAGAAGUCUAUAAUAAAAGACAACUUGAUCUUGAGCUAUACGAUAAAUUGCUAUCGGAUACGGAACCAUUUGAAAGAGUCGCUAUAACAAUAUUCGGGGAAUCUCAACUGUAUAUCAUCGAAUGUGAAAAGGAAGUAAACUUAGGUGAGAUGACAGGCCGAAAAGAACACAAUGUAGAAUACUGCAUGACUAACAAAGGAAACGUCAACGUCACUGUAGCGUUUGUUCCGAUUACCGGUGAAGCCAUGGAGAAAGAUGACCAAAUAAGAAAAUACUUCAGCGUUGACGAUAACCCUGUUACUCUAUCACCUCAGAAGGAAACAAAAGCGAAAAUUACUUUCAAACCGACUCAGCAAGUGGAGUUUGUCAAUCUUCCAAUCUUUAUAUGUAACGUGGUAGAUGCUGCCAAGCCCGAUGUUGUGAUCACCUCUUUUCAACUAUCAUUCAGUGCCAAAGUCUUCUUGUCUAGGUUUGAAAUAUGUCCAGCAAAAGAUAUGUACUUUGGAGAUCUGCCAAUAUCAACAACAAGAACGCAAACGAUAGAAUUGAAAAAUGUUGGGAAAUUUCCCUUUAAUUAUACGAUUAUUAGCCACAAGAUGUGGCUGGGUCAGCUGGCCAAAAAAAGCAGAAGUAAAAUGCAGCUAGAUGGUAAAAAGGGCAAAGGUAAGAAGGGUAAAGGUAUUGGAAGUAGCAAAAGUAGCAAUGGAAGCAAGAAUAGCAAAAGCGGUAGUAAUAAAAUUGAUAAAACAAAAAAGCCAGAAAAAAGUAGUCAAGUAGAUAAGGAUAGAGGAAGCAAAGGCAAAGGUAGCAAAGAAAGUAAGAAGGAUAAAGGAAAAAAAGAGAAAACAAAACCGAUAACAAAACUAAGCAUCCCCGGAUUUGUUAUACUCCCGUCAACAGGCACAGUUAAGCCAGACGAAACGGAAAAAAUAGAAGUUCAAUGCACUCCAUUAGAAGCGAUUGCUUACGAAGAUGCUAUAGUGAUACAUAUAUCGGAGCCUAGAAAGUGUGACCUAAACGGGAGACACUUGAAUCUACAUGCCAAAGGAUCAGAGCCUCAUCUUGACUUCAAAGAUAUCGAUAAGGUUUUUAGAGAGCAAUAUAUUGUGGAGACUGUAGACGACUUUAUACAAGGCAUUGGGGCUUGCUGUGCUUAUAUCAAGUCAGAAUCGGUGCUAUAUUUUAAGAACGCCUGCGUCCGAAAGACAUCUUCAGCGAGGAUAUAUCUUAAAAAUAUAGGUGACGUAAUAGCUAACGUCGUUUUGAAGGUGGACAAUAAACAGACUUACAAGGUUUCUCCUAGCGAGUGCAUCAUUGAAGCCUACAAUACAGAGACUGUAACAAUUGCUUUCACCCCUGAUUCAAUAAACGUAAUCGAAGGCAAAUUGGAAAUUUCAUACAAUGCAACCCCAAACAGCAAGUACGUUUUGAAACUGAUGGGCGAGAGUUGCAUCCCUCGAGUAGUCCUGCUAGAACCGACAAGCAAAGAUCAUGAAAACCAAAGUUUAAUUUUGUUUCCGCCCACUUUUGUCGGUGAGCAAAAUGAACAUAAUGUAAGCAUAAAGAAUGUGGGUCCUAUCGGUGCCAAAGUUAUCUUGGAAUUAUGUGGAAAUACUGAAGAGGUGUUGUCCUUGCAAGUUGCUGAGGAUACGAGGCAGUAUUUGAAUAUAGCUGAUUUCCCAGAUUUCGUUGACGUCAAGUAUUCAACGUUGGUGAAUCUGCCACCGUCAAAAAUCGGAAACUUCAGGGUGUUCUUUAAACCGACAUCUGACAAGAAAAUUACAGCUCUUCUGAGAAUCCAUACAGUUGACAACAUCUUUGAAAUCAUAAAGAUAGAGCUCAUGGGCAUAGGUUUUCACCAUGAAAUCCGCUUCGAUCUACCCGUGUCCUACUAUAUGAGCAGCAGCAAGUCUAGUCCGUCUUUCAGCUAUGAUCUGGACAUUGGAUUCACUUCGCUUAAUCGAAUUUUGAACAAAACGUUCACAAUAACGAAUCUGUCAUUCAACAGCACGUACAAGUUUGAGAUAUGCAGCAAGUGUGCUGUGAUGUUCGUACCGAGUGUAGGACAUUUGAAACCGAUGGUUACGAAGACUAUAGUAGCAUCUUUUUGCACUAAUGAACCGCUAGCACUGGAAAAGGUGAAUAUAAACUGCCACGUGGUGAGAAUAGAGUAUGUGGAGCCUUCAGCUGCAGACAUUUCCUGGGACGAUAGACAGGAAAUGAUGGUUUGGAAAUUACCAAGCGAGGCUGAAUCCGGUGACCUUAACGAUAAGAAUGGUUCAAAAACGAAACUAUUAUCGCACACAACUGAACCAGAAAUAAUCGAAAAGUCAGAACACGAUUUCAUAAAACUCUUCAUAACAGGAAAGGCAGAUUAUGCCAUGUACAUAACGACGAUGAAAGAGAUUGUAUUUCCCAAUACUUUUUUGAAUGAGCAAAGUACAGUGGACUUUGAAGUUAUCAAUGAUGGAAUGGUACCGCUGCAAAUAACAUGGGCAAUCAAGGACUUCGAGGAAGAUGAUGUACAGAGACCAUUCACACCUAAGACAAAAUCACUCCGAAGUCACGACUGUUCCUUGCGAAGCACUUGCAGUUCGACCUCUCUGUCAUCGUUAUUUGGUUCGACCACACCUACUGGACAUCCAGCCUCGACUUUUCCUGAGAUGCAUGUCCAGAAGAAAAAUCCUUUUAGAGUUAUUCCAGAAUCUGACACUAUCCCAGUUCAUUCAGGGAGACGAUUCCAGGUGACCUUCGCUCCAAUAGAAGCCUCUCUUUAUACUCUUCAAUUAAUUUCCAACAUUCCUUCAUUGAGUCCCACACUAUCGGAAAUUGAAGUUGCUCUAAUGGGAAAAGCCAUUCUGCCAGAAUACUAUUUCGAGUUGGAAUAUACCGAUUACCUUAAUAGUCGACCGCACAUACCGAAUUGUAAUAAUGAGGACAUUGCUAACUGCAAGAUCAUUGAAUUUUUAUCUAUUGGAGUUGGAGUCGUUUGUACAAGAAAAUUCAAUUUUGUAAAUCCUGACAAAGACGACACAACCUUCAGGUUAUCUCCAAAAGGGGAAAAUAACCACUUCACAUAUUUUUCGUGUAAAAGCAAUACUGGUAUUGUGAAAGGGGGCAAAAAAUGUGAGAUUUGUUUCACAUUUACGCCUCAAGAACUAGGAGCAUACGAAGAAUUCUACCAAUUUCAUGUUGAAGGCAAGAAUCCUACUACAUUUUUAUUGGCCGGUCAAUGUCGAGAGCCGCACGUUUACUUCAAAACCCCAUUCAUAACCAUUGAACCAACAUUGCUACACGUGGCAAAAACUGUGACGGUCGAACUUAAAAACGACGAGUAUCAAGAGUGUCCUUUCAGAAUCUGUAAGGGAAGCUUGUUGGACGAAAAUUCCAAAAGAGUGCUGGAAGUGAUUCCUAUGUCAGGCAAUGUGGCAUCGAGAAGUGAAACGAGCGUUAAGAUUAUAUUCAAUGCAGAAGAGCCAGGCCCGGUGAAUUUUGAUUUGAGGUGUACCGUAAGACAAAUUAAGGAACCAUUACAUCUUGGAAUAUCAGCAAACUGUUUGACAGUUGUUAGUAAGGUAUUCUAUACAGACGUGGCAGGAGACCUUAUAAUAUUGAAGGCUGAUGAAGACAAUUAUAUGAAUUUUAAAAAUGUGAUGUUGAAAAAUCCUUCAACACAAAAAAUAUCCAUAGUAAACGAAGGUUCGAUUGGAUUUUAUUAUACUUGGCACGUGGACAAAAGCACCACAAAUCCUUUUGUUGACAUUACGAUAGAAGAAGAAAAAGGAUUUUUGGCUGGUGGUACUUUUAAUGAUUCCGUUUUAACAUUGACGCCGCAGAGAAAAUCUGCUAUACAUGACAUGAAGAUCAUUCUGCAGAUUUCCUAUGGACCAAAAUAUGUGAUCAAAAUAAAUGCAAUAGCUGGAAAACCACUUUUUAAAUUUUCGUUUGUGAACUAUGACUUUGGACAUUGCCUAGUGCAAAAGAACAAAUCAAAAUAUUAUGGCACGUUACUUACUUGCAAAAAUUAUGAUACUCGACCGUUAGUAAUCGAAAACCUAUUCGAUACCAACGCAAACCUAUCCGUAAACUUCAAAUCAGCAACAAUCGCGCCGAACAGUUUGGUGACUAUUCCCAUCUACUUCCACCCCCUAACUGUGGGAAAACACCACUUUGCUAUCCCGUUUGACGUCAGCACUUCCAAGAAUAUCGUGAAUGUUAAUGGAAAUGCUGUCAAACUUAACAUCCAGCUGUUUGACAUUAGGGAUAAGUUCAUCGAUAUUGGUAGUAUGAAAGUUGGAAGUAUCAAGAAACGGGCGAUUCAGGUACUGAAUAAAACACCUACUGAAAUGGAUGUAUACUUUGCCUUGUGGGAUCAUUUGCCUAUGCAUAAACGACCUCAAGAAAAGGCUGAGAUGAUAUUGAAAUUACCAGAAGUUCCUGAACCCGUCGUUAAAGAGGGAAACGGGAAAAGCAAAAAAUAUAAAGGUAGUGAAGAUAAGAAGAAGGGUAAGUCGAAAGAAGAAGGGAAUACAGAAAAAGUUCAAAAUCAACCAAGAAGGACAAAAAGAAACUCAAAGAAGAUGAAGAUAGGCAUAGCAGAUCUGGGUCUGAUCAGCUUUUUGGGCCAAAGGUGA